GGGGUAACCGAGCUUUUAAAGGAACAAAGGCCCUUUCCUCGCACCCCCUUUGGUUCACUCGUAUUUUAUUCUCCCACUCUUCGCUCUUUCUGUUCUAAGCUCCCUGCUGAAGAAGCGCACGAGGGACACCGGCCCGGUUAACCAUCGAAAUAUAAUACAAUAGAAAUUGGAAAAAACGUGUUGAGCAUAUUAACCACAACCAUUUUUACAUCUCACGCGCACAAAGGAAGAUGAUGCCUAAGAGGAACCCUCCUUGUCCUGUUAUGGAUCAGUCUGGACCUAAUCUCCCCCCCAGCUGCUGCCAGGUGGACUGUACCACUGAGAUGGCAGUGAAGGGGGGUCAGAGGAAUGGGGGAGUUGCUGCUUCAUCCUCCCCAGAAAGUGGCAGCGUCAACGGAAACGGAGACAGUAACUCGAAGCGCAGCGGGAAGAGUCGUCGUCGUCGAAAACGCUCCGCUCAAUCGGACAAUACCCCCGCUCCCGUGGCCACGGAGUCGCUGCAGCCGCCGCCUUCGCCGGGUCAAGAGAAAUGGGAGGAGUUCCAGCUUGGCCAGGGGGGCAGUAGUCACCCCCCUCCCACCCCUGCUCCCGUCCGUGACUCCCCCAACGAGGCCCUGCUUGGUCUGCGGUCCGAGUGUGGUUCUGUGUGGUUGGACCGCAGCGCAUAUGAGCAGGCGGAGAGUCUGUAUCAGCGCUGGUUGGUACGUUCGGCCAACGGGGUGAUGACGCGAUCUGUCCGCUCACCGUCAACAGUGACCGGCAUCGGCCUGCCCCCCACCCAUCCUCACACGGCGGCAGAAGAACAUGGCGACGUGGCGGAGUCCUUGCAGCCAGCGAUCCCAGACUCCCUGGCCUUCCCCGCCCCAAGCCCGGCCACACCGGACGAAGGGUACCUCUCCCUGGUCCAGACCCCGCAGGCAGCCGCGCCUUCACCGCAGACCCCAGUCCCAGCCUCUGGCCAAGCGCUGAACGGUCUCCCGCGACUCCCUUUGGAGCUGCUCCGAGAUGUGUGGCUAGAGAAGCCUCUCUACGACCGGGCCGAGGCCAACUUCUACCAGAGCCUCUACGGAAACAACCGUUCCCCCAACAGCAACAGCCUGGGGGGUGGAGCCUCCGCCUCACGGAGCAACCCUAAUGCCCCCCCGACCUCUCGUUGCAGAGACCGCCCACAUAGCCUUGUGGAAGAGGAGGAAGAGGUAGAAGAAGCAGCCGUGGUCUCCCAAGGUAACGCAGAAGUAAUUCACUCUCUACGCACAAUUCAGGAGGAGGAGGAGCCGGCUGAUGUGAAAGAGGAAGAGGGCGUGUCCAAGUGGGCGGGUGGAGUCUCUUACGUCCUACACCCAGACAGUGAGAGGGUGUGGCUGGACCGGGGACGCUACGAGGCUGCGGAGAGCCGCUUCUAUGGUUACCAUCAGAAUGUACCCGGAGAAUCAACCAAAGCUGACAGAAAGGGGUUACUGGGUCAACAGGAUGCUGGCGUGUCAGAAACUUCAUUACUGCAACCGCCACCCCCACCGGUCGCCCACACCGGCCCUGCAAGGGACAACGCCAUGAGAACAGCAGUAGACUUCCUUGUCCAGGAGAAGGUCUGGUUUGAUAAGCCACGCUACGAUGAGGCCGAGAGACAGUUCUAUGAACGCAUAAAUGGUUCCUCACACCCAGCGCAGGAGCUGGGAGCUAACAGCAUCCUGCAGGACAUAGCCCGGGCCAGAGAGAACAUCCAGAAGUCCCUAGCAGGACUGAAGAGUUCGCUGUUACCUAGCAGAGGUUCUGGUCAACCCCAGAACCACCAUCCUAGUGCAGCGAAUGCGGCAGGAUAUCAAGAAGAACUGGUUGCCCGUGUCCAGAGUCUGGAGCUGGAGAACCACAGCCUGCACCAAGUGGUGGAGGACCUGCGGUCGGCUCUGUCUAAGUUGGAGUGUCGGGUAGCGGUCCUGGAGAAAUCACCAGCCACAGCGUCCCCCCCUGCCGCCCCCCCCUGUAUCAAUGGAACAUCUGUCCAGCAGCAGAAAGCCAGUGCUCCGGUGGAAGAGGAAGAUGACGACGAUAUUGACCUGUUCGGCAGCGACGAAGAGGAGGACGAAGAAGCUGAGCGACUCAAAGAGCAGAGGCUGAAAGAGUAUGCAGAGAAGAAAGCCAAGAAACCCGCCCUCAUCGCAAAGUCAUCCAUCUUAUUGGACGUCAAGCCUUGGGAUGAUGAGACGGACAUGGCUAAGCUGGAGGAGUGUGUGAGAUCUGUCGUGGCUGACGGUCUGCUCUGGGGCCAGUCCAAGCUUGUUCCCGUGGGUUACGGUAUCAGGAAACUACAGAUCCAAUGUGUUGUCGAGGACGACAAGGUGGGGACCGACCUGCUAGAGGAGGAGAUCACCAAGUUUGAAGACUAUGUCCAGAGUGUUGACGUAGCUGCUUUCAACAAGAUCUGAUCCCACCCUCUUCCUUGUCUUCGAGCCGUCACUCGUGUCAUUCCAUUCUGUGUGGUGCACUGCUAUUGGCCCCCAAGGUUUUGCACCCAACAGGAUGGAUGAUGUUGUCUGGGGCGUCACAAGGUUCCCAAUCCAUCCCUGACUGUUUGUGUUACACGGUUAUUAAAGAGCUUUUGGUGCACUUGA